AUGGAUGCCUCUAUGAUUGCCGAAUUACAAGCUGGUCUCGCCCAAAGAGAUGCCUUGAUUACUCAGCUUCUCAAUCGAGUUAGUGCUAUGGAACUUAAUAAUGCUAGCAAGGCUCCAGAAGGCUCGAAAAAAAAGUCAACAUCUGCAGGCGCGGCUCAAAGUGGUAGCGGAGAAACCAGCAAGAAAAAAAUGUCCAACAAGGCCGGAAAAAAGAAAGCAACAACAACCCCAACACCAACCUCCAAGGCAGUUCCAAAACCUCCGACCAACUUAGGUUCCGCCACCAAAACUCCCGUGAAGCAGCGCGCCCGAUCGGCAACCCCAGCCUCCGCAUCGAAGAAAAGUCCGCUUCAAAUGGUGAAGCAAGACCAUCCUGAAGGCUUUGAGCACACCAAGGAGGCAUUCUAUGUCCACAUCAAGGUGUUGUGGGGUUUGAUCAAGAAACACGCCGUCCCCAACACCCCUUCCCCGGAACAGUUGGCUACCUUUUACCAGAGAUUCUCGUCAACCAAACAAAUUCAAUCGGCCGUCACUGGAGGCCCAAACCUGGUAGCUCUCGAAAUGAUCAAUACCCUCAAAGAAGCUCGAGAGAAGCGCAUGAAACUUGGCAAGCAUAUUGUGAAUAUAUCCGACUUCCACAUUCGGUACAUUCAUACCUCCUUGUCGCAACUCGGUCUCUUCGCUUGGAACCCCAAUCUCAACGAGCAAGCUGUGUCAGCUUGCUACUAUGGCAGAGACAACCUGUCAUAG